AUGAAGAAGUUUGGCAACAUUUAUGUUAUCGCGGCCACGUCCGUCAUCGGCGGUGCGCUCUUCGGCUUUGAUAUAUCCUCUAUGAGCGCCAUCAUCGCUACUCAACCCUACAAGUGCCAAUUCAACGCUCAAGUCAGCUUGCCUCUACCAUCUACGAAGGGAAACAACCCAGUGACCGGCCAGUGCCAAGGUCCAGAUGAUGUGCUACAAGGAGGAAUCGUCGCCGCCAUGCCAGGCGGUUCAUGGCUUGGUGCGCUUGUUUCGGGGUUCUUGUCUGAUCACUUUGGACGAAAAACGACCAUCCAAAUCGGCGCAGUCAUCUGGGUUAUUGGCUCCAUCCUUGUCUGCGCCUCCCAGGACAUCCCAAUGCUGAUCGUCGGCCGUGUCAUCAACGGUCUCUCCGUUGGCAUCUGCUCCGCCCAGGUCCCCGUCUACAUCUCCGAGCUCUCCCCCCCGUCGAAGCGAGGCCGUUUGAUAGGAAUGCAGCAAUGGGCCAUCACCUGGGGCAUCGCUAUAAUGUUUUUCGUGUGCUACGGAUCCAGCUUCAUCGCGGGCGAGGCGGCUUUCCGGCUGCCGUGGGGACUGCAGAUGAUCCCGGCUGCCCUACUCUUUCUUGGUCUCAUGGUACUGCCCGAGUCGCCGAGAUGGCUUGCCAAGAAGGAUCGCUGGGAGGAGUGCAAGGAGGUGCUGGUUCUGGUGCAUGGCAAGGGGAACCCGAACGCCCCUAUCGUCGCCAAGGAAAUGGCCGAGAUCAGGGAGGUUGUCGACUUUGAGCGCCAGAACGCCGACGUUUCUUGGUUUGAGCUGGUCAAGCCAAACAUGAUCAACCGCACCCAUAUCGGCCUCUUCACCCAGAUCUGGUCACAACUUACGGGCAUGAAUGUGAUGAUGUACUACAUAUCGUACGUCUUCGCCAUGGCUGGAGAUGGCGGUGACCUUUUGCCCAGCGGUAUCCAGUUCAUCAUCAACGUGGUCAUGACGGUACCUGCGUUGAUCUGGCAGGAUAGGUGGGGUCGUCGGCCGACGAUGCUUGUGGGCGCAUUCUUCAUGUGCCUGUGGAUGGCCGUCAACGCUGGCCUAUUUGCGACAUACUCGCGACCUGCGACGCCGGCGGAUGGAUUCGACACCGCUGCCAUUUCGAUGGUUAUAUCUGGACCCGCCGCAACGGCGGUCAUCGCCUCGACUUACCUCUUUGUCGCUUCUUACGCGCCAACAUGGGGCCCGGCUUCCUGGACCUACCCGGCCGAGCUAUACCCCCUCCGCGUACGCGGCAAGGCUGUAGCUCUGGCCACCUCGGGCAACUGGGCUUUCAAUUUCGCGCUGGCCUAUUUCGUGCCUCCUGCUUUUGCCAACAUUAGCUGGAAGGUUUACGUCAUAUUCGCCGUCUUCUGCUUUGCCAUGUUUCUGCACGUGCUGUUCAUGUUCCCGGAGACUGCCAACAAACCCCUGGAGGAGGUGGCGGACAUGUUCGAGGCCACGGGCCCGGGCACCAUCCGCUAUAUUGGUGUUCCGGCGUGGAAGACGCACAACGACCGCUCCAUCGUCAAGCUCGAGCGCGGCAUGGUCGAUCCCGAAAAGAACAUUAGCCAUGAAAAGCAACUUAGCCACGAGGAGUCGCGAGCCUCUCCGUAA